CCUUCCCCUCCCCUCCCUCCCUCCCCUCCCCUCCCGCCACCGCCGCCGCCGCCCCCCGCUCGCGCUCCCCCUCCCCUGCGGCGGGCCCCCCGGUGCAUUGUGGGAGCGCUCCGUUGUUCGCCCUGCCGCUCGGCCUGCUCCGGGGCCUGCCGCCGCCGCGCCGGAUCCAUUGUGGGCAGCUCCGCGGCGGCGCCCAGCUUAGGCCGGAGCCGGGGGGGGGCCGGACUUUGUUUCCCUCGGCGGCCGCCGCCGCCCCCCUCCCUCCGCUUCCCUCCCUCCGCUGCCUCCUCCCCGGCGGCGGCGGCGGCGACGACGACGACGCCGACGACGGGCGGGGGGCGCACGCCAUGUUCGCGGAGAUGAACCGGCGGACGCUGGCGUUCCGGGGCGGCGGCCUGCUCACCGCGGCGGCGGCGGCUGCGGCGGCGGCGGCGGCGGCGACGGGAGGAGGAGGAGGUGGAGGAGGAGGAGGGGCCGGAGCGGGCGAGGCCUGGGAGCCGCAAGCCCCCGAGGCGCUGAACGGGCGCGGGGCGGACGAGGAAGUGGAGCUGGAGGGGCUGGAGGCCGAGGAGCUGGAGGCGGCCGGCGACGAGAAGGAGCUGCUGCUGCUGCCGCCGCCCCCCGCCGCCGCCGCCUCGCCGCCCCCCGCCGCCGCUGCCGCCGCCGGCCCCAUGUUCGCCGAGCGGAACCGCCGGACGCUGGCCUUUCGGGGCGGCGGGGGGCUGCUCGGCGGCCCCCCCGCCGCUAACAAUGGCUGCGAGGCCUCGGCCUGGCCGCGGAAGCACUUCAACGGGCGGGGGGCGGACGAGGAGCUGGAGCUGGAGGGCGCCGAGGGCCUGGAGCCGGAGGGGCUGCUGGAGGGCAAGGAGCUGGUGCAGGACGGCGGCUCGCUGAGCGACAGCAGCGACGACGAGGAGGACGGCGAAGGGGGCAGCCUGGGCGACGGCAGCGGCGCCGAGGGCGGCAGCUGCAGCAGCAGCAGGCGGUCCGGGGGCGACGGAGGGGACGAGGCGGAGGGCAGCAGCGUGGGCGCGGGGGAGGGGGAGAGCAUCAAGCACUUCCCGCUGGCCCGGCCCAAGUCCCUGCUGCAGAAGCUGCACAUCUCCUUCCAGGGCUCCUGGCUCAAGGAGUUCCCAUGGCUCUACUACUGCCAGGAGACCGGCCUCAUGUCCUGCGCCUGGUGCACCGCCGCCGCGGCCGCCGCCGCCCCCCCCGAGCUGAUCCUGGCCGGCGGCCCCGUCCCCGGGGGCCACGACGAGCUCUGCAAGGGCACCCGCAACUACAAGCGGGCCCUGCUGCUGCGGCACCACCUCUCCGCCGAGCAUCGCCUCAACGAGCCGGGCAGCGCCGAGCAGGAGUCAGAGUUACCGUCGGAACUGAAUAAUGAAGGAUACUGUGAUUUUAACAGCAGGCCAAAUGAGAACUCUUACUGCUAUCAGCUCCUGCAAGAACUAAACGAACAGAGGAAGAAAGGCAUUCUUUGUGAUGUCAAUAUUGUGGUGAGUGGGAGGGUCUUCAGAGCUCACAAGAACAUCCUGGUUGCAGGCAGCCGCUUCUUUAAGACUCUGUAUUGCUUUACAAACAAAGAAAGCCGUAACCAAACCACUGUUACCUAUUUAGAUGUUGUUGCUGUUCAAGGUUUUUCUGUCAUCUUGGACUUCUUGUAUUCCGGGAAUCUCGUGCUUACGAGCCAAAAUGCCAUUGAAGUGAUGUCAGUGGCCAGCUACCUUCAGAUGACGGAGGUUGUCCAGUCUUGCCGCAAUUUCAUUAAAGAUGCCUUAAACAUAAGUAUAAAAUCAGAAGCUCCGGAGACCGUUGUGGUGGAUUAUAACAGAAGAUCUGUUAGCAGGGAUGGUAUGUCUCCAAGGGAUCAGAAAGUUGCCAGUUUCUGGGCAACACGAAACCUUACCAACUUGGCAAGCAGCAUAAAAACUGAGAACGAUGGUUACUCUAUUGAUGAGGCCCAAAUUGAAAGCUACCAAAUGAAUGACUGCAGUUGGGUCCAGGACAGCUCACCUGAAAUGGCUGAAAGUGAAUCUCAAGGAGAGGGAAAAGUUUUUGUGUGGAACGACAUGGGCUCACAGGGACAAUCAGUUCAAGAACCUGGAAAAGCAAGAAGGAAAAACCAAACCGCAAAGAGAUUUAUUUAUAAUAUACCACCUAAUACUGAAGAGAACUCGGAAGAUUGCUCAGUGUUGCAACCAUCAGUCCCGUAUCCAGAAGAAGAUUUGUCAUUUAUUAAAGAAGAAGCAGGUACUUCAAGUGACUUCAAGUAUGGACUGCUGCCGGGUACUUCAAGUGACUUCAAGUACGGAUUGCUGCCGGGUACUUCAAGUGACUUCAAGUACGGAUUGCUGCCGGGUACUUCAAGUGACUUCAAGUAUGGACUGCUGCCAGAAUCUUGGCCAAAAGAAGCUUGGGAAAAUGGCGAUUCCUCUGCUUUAAUCAUGAACAAGUUGAAGUGUCCACACUGUAAUUAUGUAGCCAAAUACAGAAGAACACUAAAGAGACACUUGCUCAUUCACACAGGCGUGAGAUCAUUCAGUUGUGACAUCUGUGGGAAGCUGUUUACUCGAAGAGAGCACGUAAAGAGACAUUCCUUGGUGCAUAAAAAGGAUAAAAAGUAUAAAUGUAUGGUGUGUAAGAAGAUCUUUAUGCUAGCAGCCAGCGUUGGAAUAAGACAUGGAUCUCGACGCUAUGGAGUUUGUGUAGACUGUGCAGAUAAAUCUCAGCCUGGAGGGCAAGAGGGAGCAGACCAGGUGCAGGACACAGAUUUCCCUAGGGAUGAAGAAUACGAGGAAAAUGAAGUGGGAGAAGGUGAUGAGGAGCUUGGUGAUGACGUAGAAGAACAGAAUGACCAGUCUCGAUGGGAUGAAUCUGGGGAAGUUUGUAUGCCUUUAGAUGACUGACAAGAGCAUAUGGCUUCGGGGUGCCGGAAAUGGACGCUCUAUGGAUUGACUAUUUGAAUUUCUGGACUGAAGGCUUGCGAAAUAUGGUACAGGCUGGAUGGUAGUUAUGUUGCUGUGAAAAUUGUAGGGUCAAAGCCUUAUAGCAAAAAAGGAUUAUUAAUUUUUUUAUGAUAUUUGCACAGGACUGUACAGCAUACAACCAUUUGGUUGAAUUAUACAGAGUCCUCACAUCUACAGUCAGUUAUCAAAAGAAAAAUGUAUUUUUUAUUAUUUAUAGGAUAUAGCUACUUGGGUCCUAUUCAGACAUAGUAGUAACUGUACUUACGUUACGCAUUCAUGUAUCUGUUAACAUGAAUGAAGAAAAUUGCAACUUGGUAUGGAAAUACAAAGACAGCUUCCCCAACUCCACUCAUACUUUAUUAAUGAACCAGUAAAGCUAAUUUGGGAUAGUGGCUUUGUUCCUACAAGCAUGUCUUUGCCAUACAAACCUUACCUCUCCCGUACUCCGAUAGGUGAAAGCCAAUUCCUUAAAUAUGCAUCACAGAUAAUGCCAACACCUUAUUGAAAUUUGGUUUUAAAACUUUUGGCUCUAAGCCAGCAGGUGGUACAGGUGAUAAGCACUGGAGAUGUUAAUGAUGGCAUUAAUUUAGAGUCUGUUUCUUCACAGUUGUGAAUUUUCAAGAAAUUUGCUAUUGACUUAUCAGUUCCAAAAUAAUCUUGCAGAAGAAAUGACCAAUUAUUAAUUUAAUAGACUGAUCAGAGCAUGGGUAACUCUUCUGCCCCUUAGUCAAAAGAGAUAGUCAUGCUAAAAAGUAUCUGAUGUAAUAAAGCUUCCUUUUCCCUCUAAGGUUCCCCUCACUCCCCACACUUUUUGACUCCCCUGCUGUAUACCUCAGUCCCACAAAAUGAAAAUACAAGAAAUGGAGAAAGUGUCAUAUUAAACGACUUUUUGGUAUAUAAUUUCUUGUCCGCUUUUUGGCUAGUUUAUGUGAUAUGAAUUGGACACUAGGCUAUUGUGCCCAUCGUCUGUCAUUAAAAUGAACACAAACUAUUUUUUAUUCUUUUGUAUUUAAUGGGAUAUUGCUAGCGUUUAAUAUAAAUCAAUUACAUUUAACUUGUUGACUUAAUUUGCUGGAUUUUUUUUUAAAGAAAACAAAACAAAGUCCAAAGCAAAAUAAUGCUCUUUGAGUUGUCUUUUUCAGGAUGAUAUGCUCCCUAUACUCUUUGUUUCAAAUUUUCUAUGAGGCAUUUAAACUUGAAUUUUUGUAGCCACGUGGAUUUUUUUUUUUCUUAAGCUUGUAAUAUUGUACCAAUGAUUUCAGGCCUCUUUCACAGGGAGGGGAGGGCAUUACAUCUUUAUCUUAAACUCUUUGGUGUUCUCUAGAGUAAGGCAAAUGAAUUCAGGCAAUCAUUGGAACAAUACAUCUGAUGUGCUAUUAUGUCACAAUGAGUAAAUAUGCAGAGCAUUUGUCAUAACACAUAGCUAGGCCAGUGUGACAGUACUGUAUAAAAACCAAUCGAGGGUCACCAUAUUCUUCAGCUUUGUUUAAUUUUAAAAUGAGUAUAUUUUUUUCCUAUUUUAUAUCAGGUAACUAAAUUAUGCUAGUUGUGUGGAUAACUUUGAACUAUGCUUUGACGGACAGAAUCUUAAUGGUGCUCCAUCUGAUCAAAGUUGGUAUGUAUUUAAAGAGACAAGCUUUACUGUUGUCCUUUACAUCAGUAGAACAGUAACAUAAUGUUAAGACGUUGUUUUUGCUGAUUGAAGCUGAGAUAAGUUUGAACUACAGUUAUAUGGGAAUUAAAAUACUUUUUUAUCCUCAAUUUGUUUCAUUGUUAGUUUCCACAUUAUUGUAAACCUGACAAAUGAUUAGUUUUUUGGGGGUGGGGUGGGUGGGUGGGGUGCCUUUUAUUUUAUUUUUUACACUGAAGAAUACAUCUUAUUCUCAUUGUUCUAGACUGAAAUGAGUAAUGUGUAAUUCUGGUGGGGUCCAAAGUAGAAAUUAGUUGGGCAAAGAUGAUAUGAAUGAAAAAGUAUUUUAAACGUUAAAGUAAUGUUCUGCUUUGUGAAUAUGUAAGUAUAGCAUAAAGAUUUUUCCAUCCCAUUUAUCCCCUUUAAAACCAUAGUUUACAAUUGGUAGAUCUGUCUAUAUAUAUAAAUAUAUAUAUAUAUAUGAAAUUCACCUAAAUCUGCUUUAUUAGAAUACUGCUCACUUAAUGCUUAGAAACUGGACCUGGCUCUACACUCUUAAUGUAUCUUCCUUUUGUUUUUGUUUAUUUUGUUUGUUUUCAUUUGUUUUUUUUUAUUUUUUUUCCCUUGAGGUAUGAACUUUUUCUCUUGGAACUGAAUCUUCUUUUACUACUUAAAUCAUUUAUGUAUAUCUGGUAAAUUAUGACCAAAUUUGUUGUUAGACUGCAUACAGUAAAUUGAAAUAUACACUUGGUACACUA